ACACAAACACAUUUCAAACAAUAAAAAAAACAUUCCACAGGCCUGUUUUUUUAUUCUUAAAUAACAAACAAAUCCAUUUCUCUUGAUAAUGUAAAAAACCCUUAAACCCCAAUAAAAAUCAACUGUAAAAAUGGUGUUUUUUGGGUUCAGUUUAUAUUGGUUUGUGUACGCUGGUUUGCUGUUUAGUGGUUUGUGUUAUGCUGCAGAUCCAUUUGCAAAUUUUGAACUUGAAUUUGAUUAUUUGACUGUUUCUCCCCUUGGUGUUUCUCAACAGGUCAUCGCAGUGAAUGGAAAGUUUCCCGGGCCGACACUAAAUGUUACAACGAAUUACAAUGUUGUUGUCAAUGUCAGGAACAAAUUGGAUGAAAGCCUUCUUGUUACAUGGCCAGGUAUAGAAAUGAGACGAGCUUCAUGGCAAGAUGGAGUGAUUGGAACUAAUUGUCCUAUUCCUGCAAAAUGGAAUUGGACUUACCAGUUUCAAGUCAAAGAUCAGAUUGGUAGCUACUAUUAUGUCCCAUCUAUUAAUUUUCAACGAGCAGCUGGUGGUUUUGGUGGUUUCAUAGUCACAAACCGCAAAGUUAUUUCGCUUCCAUUCAAUACUCCUGAUGGAGAUAUUGUCAUUACGAUUGGUGAUUGGUAUACUCGCAGCCAUAAGGAUUUGAGAGCUUCCCUUGAUGCUGGAAAGGAACUUGGUAUGCCAGAUGGAGUUCUCAUUAAUGGAAAGGGUCCAUUUAAAUAUAACUCCUCUGUACCAGAUGGCAUCGAGCAUGAGACGCUUAAUGUCGAUCCAGGGAAAACAUAUCGAGUUCGUGUGAUCAAUGUUGGAGUGUCAACAUGUUUGAAUUUUAGGAUACAGAGUCAUAAUUUACUUCUAGCAGAAGCAGAGGGACAUUAUACUUCCCAACAAAACUAUACUAGUUUGGAUAUCCAUGUUGGGCAGUCAUACUCCUUUCUUGUAACCAUGGAUCAGAAUGCAAGUAGUGAUUACUAUAUUGUUGCAAGUGCCAGAUUUGUGAAUCAAUCAGAAUGGCAAAGAGUUACUGGUGUUGCUGUUUUGCACUAUUCAAAUUCUAAAGGACGGGCAUCUGGUCCUCUUCCCGACCCUCCAAAUGAUGGAACCGAUACUUCUUUUGCAGUGAACCAAGCUAUGUCCAUCAGGAUGAACAACACAGCAAGUGGAGCCCGUCCAAACCCGCAAGGUUCUUUCCGCUACGGUUCUAUUAAUGUGACCGAUGUGUAUACCUUAAGGAAUGUUCCGCCUCUCACAAUCGAUGGGAAGCUCCGGGCCACGUAUAAUGGGAUCUCAUUUGUGAACCCCAAUACACCAGUGAGGCUUGCAGAUAAUUACAAACUGAAGGGAUCCUACAAGCUUGACUUCCCAAAUACACCUCUAAAUAGACCUCCUACCAUGGACAGAUCUCUUAUCAAUGCUACCUACAAAUCAUUUGUGGAGAUCAUAUUGGAGAACAAUGAUACUGCAGUUCAGAGCUUUCAUAUGGAUGGUUAUUCGUUUUUUGUUGUUGGGAUGGCGUAUGGGGAAUGGACAGAAAACAGCAGGGGUUCUUAUAACCGGUGGGAUGCAAUAGCACGUUCUACCACACAGGUUUUUCCUGGAGGAUGGACAGCAAUAUUGGUUUAUCUUGAUAAUGUUGGAGUAUGGAAUCUUAGGACAGUAAACCUUGACAAAUGGUAUCUGGGCCAAGAAACUUAUUUGAGAAUCGUGAAUCCUGAAGAUGAUGGCCAGAAAACGGAAAUGCCGCCACCAGAUAACGUUUUGUUCUGUGGUGCUCUUGCCCACAUGCAAAAGCCACAGCAAGGCUCGUCUUCAGCUCCUACAAGUCUACAAGAAUCACUGAAGCUGAACUUCACCAUCAUGAUGUCAUUUUUAGCUGUUAUCAUCUACAUGAUACCAUAAAAAUCUUUUUGAGUUGGGAUUUAACUUGAUUGUUCAAAGGAGGUUGGUUUCUGGGUAAUUAGCGUUUUCUUUCAUUGUUUGAGAAUUGGGGUGGUUCUAAGAGCAGAUUAUUAGUUGUUCUUUUUAGUGAAAAAAGUAUAGGAUUAUCUUCUUUGUAUGCUAAAAGCGUCAAAGACAUUGUAACCAUAUUUUCAUUAUUUUGGUACCAAUUAGCUUGUUCAUGAUC